AACAUCUGGAUUGUCUGUAGUUCCGUCAUCCGACUGCGGAGAUGCUACUAUCUGCCUUGUCUUUCUCGAUUUCUCGCAAGAUACUUCAUCCUCGCUUAUCAGAAUACCUCGAUAAUGCUGGCUGGAUAUGAGACGAGUGCUCGCGAGUGUGUAUUCAGAAGUCUGUUCAAGAAAGCCAGCGACGCUUUCGAUGCGGAGGACUUUGAAGAAAGCGAACGUCUCUGUCACCUUCUUCUAACUUAUGAUGACCUCAGCAUGUACCAUAAGGCAGGAUGUCAUCGUAUCCUAUCUCUCGGUAACACUGACUUCCUCUGGCAUGCUGAACAAACCAUCAAGCUAUACAAACAGCUUUUCUACCCUGAUGGCCGCCCUUCUGGAGAACACAUUCUUAGCGAUAGUCAGGUCCGGAUCCGAGAUGACAUCCUCGAGCAUGCUUACAGAAACCUUGUUCAAGCUGAACGGGAUCACGUCGAGAUACGGUGCGACUAUACCGAGCGAUCUGUGCGGUUCAGGACUAUAUAUGGAUGCGAACCUACCGAGAAAGAUGUCAGCAGAGCUUGUCUGAAUCGUCACAGCAGAGAAUACCUCCUGGCCACCGAGGGAUCUGUAGAUGAUUACGGGGCGUUCAUCGAGCGAAUUCUUGACAGACGACAAGAGAAAGCGAGUGGAGGAGAAAGAAAGUGAGAAGACACAGGAGCAGUAAGUUGACUGUUGGGACAUCCCGGUCUUCUCGCCAUCAAGCUCGUCCAUUUCUCCUGUCGCAGGACUUCAUGGUUCGCCACGAGUGGACACCUGGCGGUUGAGAGCGCAUAGAGUCUCCUCCAUCCUUCUUGUUGCCGCAAAACCCUAAAAAUCAGCAAUGAACCGAGACGCAGCUCGCCGCC